AUGAUCGAGAUCCUUACUCCUGAAACUAACACCCAGCAGUCUUCCAUGGCUUCCACUCUAAUGAAAGAGGCUCCUCCCCACUGUCCAAGGCCAUCUCAGGAGAAAAAGCCUCAGGUUUCUGCUUCACCUAGCCAUGGUGUUGCCCUUGCAGCAAAGGCACAGGUGGUAGGAUGGCCCCCAAUUCGAUCUUUUCGGAAGAAUUCGGUGGUUACUAAUCCUCCCAAGACCGAAGAAGGUCCAGAUGGGAAAUCGGGGUCGGGCUGUCUCUAUGUCAAAGUCAGCAUGGACGACGCCCCUUACCUGAGAAAAGUUGACCUUAAGAUCUACGACUGCUAUAAGGAUCUGACUUUGGCUCUGCAAAAGAUGUUUAGCUGUUUUACAAUCGGUCAAUCGGGAUCUCCGGGUGUUCCUAUCCGGGAUGGAAUGAGCGAAAGUAGAUUGAUGGAUCUGCAUGGUUCCGAAUAUGUACUUACCUUUAAAGACAAAGAUGGUGUCUGGAUGCUCGUUGGUGAUCUUCCAUGGGAGUAA